AUGGCUCGCAAGAACGACGGUGAGCAGCUCACAUUUGCUCGGAAGCUUCCGCAGGAAGGCAAAAACCUCUUCGUGGCUGGCAUGGCCGAGUUCGUUGGCACGUUUCUCUUCCUGUUCUUCGCACUCGGCGGCACGACAGCUGUCAACACGGCCGGUCCCCAGGGUACAGUCCUGGCUGCCGAUCCAUCACAGCUUCUGUACAUCUGCAUCUGCUUCGGAUUCUCACUCGCCGUCACUGUGUGGAUGUUCUACCGCGUGUCUGGUGGCCUCUUCAACCCGGUUGUCACUCUCAGUCUGGUGCUGGUCGGUGCGGUGGGCCCGGUCCGUGGCGUCGUCGUCUUCAUUGCCCAGUUGCUUGCUGGCAUUUGCGCUGCGGCCGUCCUGUCUGCGCUGCUACCAGGUCCGUUGAUGGCUAGCACCACGCUGCGUGACGAUACCAGCAUUGCCCGCGGUCUGUUCAUCGAGAUGUUUGCCACGUCCCUCCUUGUGCUGUCGAUUCUUCUCAUGGCCGUCGAGAAGCACCGUGCUACCUUUACAGCACCGCUCUGCAUUGGCCUCGCCCUGUUCGUGGCCGAGUUGACCAGCAUCCCCUACACAGGUGGUAGUGUCAACCCUGCGCGUUCGUUCGGCCCCUGUGUCGCCACGCGCUCGUUCACUCACUACCAAUGGAUCUACUGGGUCGGCCCCAUUCUGGGUAGCCUGCUCGCCACUGUCUUUUACAAGAUCAUCAAGUUCCUCGAAUACGAGACCUGCAACCCAGGCCAGGACGGAUGCGGCUUCGACGACCGGCCGUGCAGCAUGCAGUACGGCAACGGUGAUGGUUCCAACCUGCGCCAACACAACGCGCACGGCAGCAUGGGCGGCAUGGGCGGUGCAAUCGCUGGCGACAACACUGGCCUGGCAAGUAACCACCAACACUCGGGCAGCGACAUGUCUGCGCAGCGCAACAAGCUCGACGGCAAGCUGAGCGGCGAUACCCAUUUCGGCCCAGAUGGUACCUACCGCAGCUCGACUGCCACGGUCCCCAACGCGAACGUCAGGGGCACCAACGCCAACUUUGGCAAUGUUGGUGGUGUCGACGCCACUGGGUACCGUAACGCCACCAAUCUAGAGGCCGGCGUCGACGCGGCAGUCGACGGUUACAAUAACGUCCGCGUGUAG